AUGUCUUCAGAUUGGAUAACAUCAAAUACAAAUGACACUAUCAACGUUGAUAUUUAUUCACAAGAAACUCUUCGAGAGUCUAUUGAUCAUUUACUCGACUAUGCUAACGUUCAUCAUCAAAGAAAGUUUGUCGAAACUGUUGAAUUGCAAAUCGUACUCAAAAAUUACGAUACUCAACGUGAAAAACGUUUUGCUACCAAUAUUCAACUUCGUUAUCCAAUACGUCCUCGUUACAAAGUUUGUGUAUAUGGUGAUGAGCAACAUUGUGAUGAAGCUCGUCUGCACAAUAUUCCGCAUAUGUCAACGGAUGAUUUACGACGGAUGAACAAAGAUAGGAAGAAGAAAAGAAAACUUGAACAUCGUUAUCAUGCUUUCUUAGCUUCGGAGAAUGUCAUUCGUCAAAUUCCACGUCUGCUCGGUCCAGGUCUCGGUCGCGCAGGGAAAUUUCCAACAUUAAUAACUCAUACAGAAUCAUUACGUGACAAAAUCGAACAAAUGAAAGGAAACAUUCGAAUUCAAUUAAAAAAGCAACCUCUCAUUAAUGUUCCUGUUGGACAUGUAAAUAUGACUGGGGAACAAUUGAUGAGUAAUAUUACUAUGACAAUCAAUUGUGCUGUAGCAUUAUUACGUAAACAUUGGCAGCAUGUUCAAAAAGUAUUCAUUAAAAGUACAAUGGGACCCUCUCGCCGUCUUUACUAA